CUUUGAAAGUGUUGAGUGACUUCAGUCCAGGAGAGAGACCAUGUCCGCCGUCAUAGGCAAACUGUACUCACCUCUGCUCUCAUUUAACACCAAUUCUCCAUGAAAUAACAGUAACAAGGGGCCUGAAGGAUGGCCAACGCGGGCGCUGUUCAGGUGAAACUAGAACUUGGUCAUCGUGCCCAGGUCAGAAAGAAACCCACCGUGGAAGGCUUCACCCACGACUGGAUGGUGUUUGUCCGAGGACCAGAGCACAGCAACAUUCAGCACUUUGUGGAGAAAGUAGUUUUUCACCUGCACGAAAGCUUCCCUAAACCAAAAAGAGUGUGCAAGGAUCCACCGUACAAAGUGGAGGAGUGUGGCUACGCAGGCUUCAUCUUGCCUAUUGAAGUUUACUUCAAAAAUAAGGAAGAACCGAAGAAAGUUCGCUUUGACUACGACCUGUUCCUCCAUCUGGACGGCCACCCACCUGUCAAUCAUCUCCGCUGUGAGAAGCUCACCUUCAACAACCCAACAGAGGAGUUUCGUAGGAAGCUACUGAAAGCCGGAGGGCAACGGGAUCCUCACAAACGAAGUUCAGAAGACUCAAAAGUGAUGGUAAUGCAGGAGGGCUCCACCUCCCUGUUCGGCCAGCACCUGAAGCUGCCUACACUCCCCAACAGCUCGCUGACAUCCACCUUCUCUGACCCAAAGAAGAGCAAAAGCUUCCACGGGUCAAAGGAUGGCUCCAAAGGAAGCAGCACCACCCUCCUCACCACCGCCACGACCACCACCAGCACCAACAGCAGCAGCUUCUCCAAACUCCACAAACCCUCCAAGGAUCACAAAGACAAGCCUCCAAAAGACUUGAAAGAGCCCAAAAGUGCCUUCAGAGACUCCGGCUGGGAACCCAGCAAAGCCCCCAAAGAACCUUCCAGGAAACCCAAAGAGAACCAGCCACUUAGAGAUAUCAACCCUAAGAUGGGCUUCAAGGAACCCAAGUCUUUGUCCAAGGAGCCCCGCACCGAGGGGAUGAACCAGGGGUCGGGGCUAAACAAGCGUCCGUCCGCCCCGAACGACGGCGACGACCACGUGACCAAAAAACGCAAAAAGGGAUUUGUGGAUCCAUCAGGGAAGCAGACGUCGGGGUCGGACGCUCAACAUUUGGAUAAGAAACUCUUAAAGGAUAGAUCGCAGAUGCGAACGAGUAAGCUGCGACCGGAAGGCGACGAGGCGGAGCGCAGGAAGGUGUCAACACUUCCGCCAUUCCAGGAACUGGUGGACCCCAAUGACUCUGAUAUGGAGGACCAGUCCAACAAAUCAGAUUCCGAACAGCCCAGUCCAGCCAGUUCCAGCUCCAGUUCGGGCUUUGCUCCCACACACCACAAACGGCAAGUGGUGGACUUCAUCAUCAGGAAAAGGGUGGCUAUUCCUGCCACCACCCACACAGUGCUGGGCCCGCUGCAGUCGGUCAUGCAGGAUCUGCACUCGGAUGACAACGAUGACGAUUCGGAGGACGAUGACGACAACGACAUGGACUCUGACGUGGAGCGACCAGCACACACGCACCUCACACACCACCAGCGCAGGGUCAGUUUGAGCGAUGGCAGUGAAAGUGACAGCUCCUCGCCCUCACCCCCAUCCCGCAACGAAGCCCCGCCCUUACUAAAGACUACUAAUAACCAGAUACUGGAAGUGAAGAGUCCCACCAAGCAGAGCAAGCAGGACAAGAGCAGAAACAUAGAUUGUGACAAGGCGUACCUGGACGAGCUGGUGGAACUGCACAAAAGGCUGAUGACACUAAGAGAAGGUCAUAUACUGCAACAGAUUGUGAACCUCAUCGAAGAGACGGGACACUUCCACAUCACAAACACUACUUUUGACUUCGACCUUUGCUCCUUGGACAGAAGUACCGUGAGAAAACUCCAGAGUUACCUGGACACCUCUGGACUGUCCUGAGGGCUUCUGAGCAGCUGGCUGCUGGAUCUCGGUCUCCACGCAGACUUUUUGAUUUUUCUUGAAUAAAAACUCCAACUUUGGAUGCAAUGCAAACGCCCCACUGUGGCCGGGUUUGUCCAGUUGCUGUGUGUGUCCAGCCUGCUGGUUUGGACUGGGCCCUCUGAAUGAAGAGGUGGUCCCCCGCUGCAGAACCCCAGAGCCCGGUGUUGUGGGGAUGAGCCCUGUGGAUCAGGAGAUCACCCAGAAAGCCUUGAAAACUUCACUUGAUUUCUAAAAAAAACAUCAAAAAAGAAGUGGGGAGUGGCGACCUUGUUGCUCUUAAUGAAUGUGCAUAUUGUUACCAUGUAUGUUCCUGAUUUGUUGUUCAUUGUGACAAAUGCAUGGUCAACAUUGCCUUACAACAUUGUAAGUCUUAUUUAUUGAAUUUAAUUUGCAGGUGUGAGUGCGUGUGUGUGUGUGUGUGUGAGUGAGUGUGUGUGUAUUUGAAAUGGCAAAAAAAGAAGAUUUGCAGCAGAAUGAGACUGUGUUGAAGCACUUCACAACAGGCAUAUCUCUGAAUCUGUGUGACAGUGAGUCACAGCAUCACUAAGGACACUCCAUUAGUCACGGACUUGAAUUGAAAUCGAAUGUCAUACUGAAUAAUUUCAACGGGAACAAAAAACUGCCGCAGCAGCAGGUGUGCUGAUACAUUUAUAUUCCAGUCCAUGAAAGAACAACCUUGCAGAAGCACUCCUAGAAUCCAGCUCGAGGCCCGGCCGGUCAGUGAAGGGUGGUUUGGAUGGCAAAAUACAGAAUGGGGUUUGCACUGGGUCGGGGUUAAAGGGGCACGAUGUAAGAAUCAAAAAUUGCUUGACACCUGUGGCCGUUAAGUCAACGACAGUCAGCGUCCUGUUUCUCGCACUACGUAGACACGAGCGAGCAUCGGUCAAAACAGUGAGGCGACACACACGAGACUGAACGUGAUUUAUUAGCCAGCUAAAACCACAGUAUCACUGUAUAUUUCACAUGCUGUCCAGUAGGAAUUUUGCCAGGUCAGGGUCCGUUUUGAUAAACAAAACCAAACUAAGGUCCCUCCAUGAAUGGAACGCCCGGCCGAUGUUGAUCCAAGUUUUCCCCCGACGUCGGUCACAUAUCUGUUUUGCCAGAUGGGCUUCACUAGAUAUAAUUUUGUUUUUUUUAGCUUGUGGUGGACGCUGAUCGUUUCUUGGCGUAAUCAGACUCCAUUUCUAACGAACAUUAGCUAUGGUUGCAUAGUUAGGUUGCGACCCCGAGAUAAUAGUUCAACUUUUGGAAACGCUGCAGCGCACACCUCAUGUCAUGUCAUGUGACGAGGAACAAUCAAUCACAGACGGUAGAUAUCUUCACUUUGCUUUAUCAUCUGUCCCACAGACUAUUUUACUGCUUCGCCCUUCCUGUCAGAAGACGACGCAACAUCCUGUUGAAAGGUCAGCCAGAUUGAAGCCGAGAAAUCAAACAGUAAUGUUGCUGUGAGGGAUUUACGGUGCUGGAAAUCCAUUUAUUUUAGAUUUGACUUUGUUUAGUUUAGUCAGUGAGGCUUUUACUGCUAAAUUACCGCAACUUAAUCAUCGUCAUCUCAGCACGCAGAUUUUGGUUGCUUAGUAACGGCAGGCGCAACAGGAGCGCAACUUCCCAAGCACCUUGGAUAAAAGGAUGAAAAUGGCACGGCUAGCGUUUCCCACGUGUUUUAGACGCGGCAUGCGUACCGUGGCUGUGAUUAACGGAUUGUCUGUUUCAGAAAGAUUGCAGGGUUGUUUCAGACUGUUAGACAAUCCGACAAGCACAUUGCUUGAAGCAUACCGAGGCCUUCAGUGUGCAGGCGUUACUCUAGAUUUGCAAGACCGCAUCUGAUUUUGAGCUAACAACGUCAAUCCUUUUAAAGCUGUUACGUGUAGAAUUCUAUUUCGGUGCCUCCAGUGGUUGUAUACAAAACAACACUGUGGCUAAGAAAGUCAUCAUCUCCCAUCUCCCUCCGCCUCAUGGAUCGGAUCAACUUUUAAAGGGAGUAUCAUAACACAGAAAUUCUGCACAUGGUGGCUUUAAACUCACUCCACUCACCGACAACUUGUGUUAAAAGAUGUAUUUCUAUUAUUGAAUUUAUUUUUAAGUCCAUUUGCAAACUCAUUAUCUGUAUUCCACAUGCAUACAAAAACUUUAAAUGACAUUGCACACCCAGCUGUAAGGAUUAAAGCACGCCACCUCAUCAUUUCAUACAGGUGCAACAUCAUUUGGCAGUUUUUUGUUCCCAUAUUCUGACGCUGUAUAAAGUAUAAAGGCUGGAGUGAGCUGAGCACAAAUCACUAAGGUCAAAGUUCUCAUGAUACAAUGGAAAAAAAAAAACACAUUUUGACCAAAUCCAGAAUAAAGUGCUGCAGCAGGUCCUGCCGACCGGCUCGCUGGCUGCAACGUAAAGAAAAGCUUUGUUGUGUCGGCUCAUUUUCUGCUUACAGGGGCCAACGGAACAUGCCAAAAGCAGAGCUAAUAGAUCCAGUUGGUUUAGGAAACUACUACAUGACUGAAAGGAAGUCAUGAUCAAUUUGCCAUCGGGGGGAUUUGUAGAACAGAUCGAGCCCUGCGAGAGGAAGAAACUCCCUUUUAUGAUGUCAGAAAAGAGAAAAGAGUGUUCAGCAUUUCUGAAAUGUGUGAAAUAUUUUGGGUAAAUUUAACAAAAAGAGGAAGCCGUGGGACUUUUUGGCUGACAGGUACUGUUACGGGUGUAAGAAAAACAGAUGUUUUAUUUAUUUAGUGGGUGUUUGAGUUGUUAAAUCAAAGCUCAGCGUUCAUUUUCCCAGGAGAAGGCCUUUUGUUUGAUAUGUACCAGGCUGAAACUAAAGUUCAGGAUGGUUAACAGUCGGGGUCCUUUCCACAUGACCCUGAAGGGUUUUUCUUACCCGGUGUUCUGUCUUAUGGUUUCUUGUGUAUUUUGAGGACAUACAAUAAAUAUUCUGUAUGAUGUACAGAUGAGUUAUUAA